AUGCUCCCGAAAUCACCCAACGUCCUGGCGGAACUUCAUGCCACCAGCGAAAUCAUUGAACAGACUUUUCUAGUCACAUCUAAGCAAGAGUACGCAAGUAGUCACCCCUCGAUGCUUUUUGGGGGUGAUUUGACGACUUCUGAUGGAUAUUUCACCAUUGAAACACUGGAGCAGCUUCUCUUUGAACGAUCUCAAAUGAGAAAUAUUCCAGCAGAACGCAUUUGUCCCAAAUCUUCCCCCUUAUCUGAUCCUGCCUUCCAACUUGAUCCCAUCACCUAUUUGUUUGAAAGCUUUCGUCGUUCCCUACACUUCAUGCAUUCAAAGCAAGAGUUCAAUGUACAAAUGGCGAAGGCAUGUCAGACUCAAAUCUUUAGGCAGGCCUCACUUUGUCUGCUGUUAGAUGUUGAAAUGGAGGUUGAAACUGCAGCUCAGAGUCUUCUUAACCUUCUCAUAACAUAUACACACCCACACUCUGAUCCAGACAAUGUUGCCGCCAUCGAUGCAUUUCUCCUUGGCAUCACAACUGUCUAUGAAGAUGGAAGUCUUAUUACGCCCAUCAGACCCCUCGUCAGAAAUUUGUUAAGGAAAUUGCGAGAGUUAGGUGAGGAUCCACUAGAUUCUGCAACAAACCCCUCCACUGACCCACUCCAGCAUCUGCUGCGUCGGCUAACGCGACGUGACACUCUUCCUCACCCUGGCAGGAAGGCUCGUCUCCUCUUUCAGACUGACAGAAAUGGCCUUCUCAAUGCCUGCAUUCUUUUGGCGAAGUAUCCCGUGACUGCGGAACUUCUGUUGGAGUUUUCCUUUCCGGAGACUGACAGUGCCUCACAGCAAGGUUGGAGGUACGAGGACGGUCUCCUGGGUCGCCUGUUGAUUGCAAGUCCUCUCCUUCCACUGCAAUCAAUUCAGACCUCUCUGCUUGAGUCCAGCACCGGUGGCAACACUUGGGCUGGUGAAUUCUUCACAGACCAGGUUCCCAUCAAACCAUCCGUGGAUGCGGAUAAAUCUACUAUCUGGCAGCUUAUCACAGAGUUGGACAAAAAUCUGUCCUUGCUCUUCAUGAACCUCCUUCGCACGGGUAAACAGAGCGAGGUGGUGAAGAAUUCUCUCUUCAGGUGGCUCGGUUCCUGCUUGCAUGCCAACCGAACACGCAAGCAGUUAGCCAACACUCUUGGGGGUGGUGGUGCCGACGAUCUACGGCGACAGGAGCAGCAAUUUGAGCUAGCUAGUGAUGGAUUUCUUAACAACCUUGCUAGCCUUAUGGUGCGUCUCUGUCAGCCCCUUCUCACUCCCCCGGCUGCUGCUGUAGGCGCUUUCUUCCAGUCCAAGUCACCGUUAAACCUCAUCAGGCCCGCCUUUGUGGUAUCUCAGAAAGCUAAAUUCAUUUUGCCCGAACUGGUGGAUGAGACAAGACUAAAUCGGCAACAUUCAGGUGAUGUGGUAGCGGAGGAGAAAGGAAGCGAUACUUUCCCCCUCCUCACUGACCUCUUCUUCCUGGCUCACACAGCCCUCCGACUGGCUUUUCCAACACUGCUGGCUCUUCACUUUGAGACCAACCGUCAGCUACACCAAUGGGAACAGGAGGCCAGUCUGCGUUCGUCCGACGGCGAGUCAGCUGCUUUCAUGGUAGGCUCUCUACUCGGCUCUUCUAACUCCUCUCAGGAUGACCGUUUCAUUCACUACUGUCUGCGCGAGCGCACCUCGCGUUUCCUCGAGCAGACGGCGGUGCUGAGCUGUCCCAGCCGACUGCACGACUACCUGGCCUUCAUUGCCACCACGUGCCGUCUGCUAGUCGAUUUGGCGAGCCGGGACUCCGCCGAGCUCUCCCUUCUGCCCGAAUUCCUCGUGGACAAUGUCGUGGAGAUUGUUGGCUACCUGCGUCGUCUCAAUGAUGACUUUAUUGAGUCCUCUGAAGCCGCUGAUGUAGCACUGGAGCCACUGCUGGAGUUUUCGAUCGUUUUUAUGCAUCAUCCCUUCGCUCUGACCAAUCCGCACUUAAGAGCACGCCUGGCGGAAAUUCUGGAAGCACUAAUUCCCUUCCGUGACGAUGAGGAGUGGAACAGCAGACCUGUUGGCUCAAAUCUCUUCACUGCAUCUGGUUUACGAUUCAUUCGACGUGAGGAGCUCAUGACAACCACUAGCGCGGCUUGUCUAAAGGACGCCAUAGCUGCACUGCUGACGGCCUUUGUGGCGAUCGAAUUAUCACCGGGGACGGACUCGACCACUUCGACGCUGGACAGCGUCACCAGCGUAGUGGAGAACUCCAACGCCGAUACCAGUCGGCAAGAGAUGGUCCAGACAGCGGCCGUGAGCUUCGAGGAGAAGUUUCACUACCGGCGACCCAUGUACGCCUGUCUGCGCUUCUGGUAUGGCAAAGCUGACUACGAUAUACAAUUUAAGCAACUCGAGGACCUUGCUGUAGAACACAUCGAUGACUCACGACCCCCUCUACUGCUGCAGUUUCUCUCACUCCUCAUCAACGACGCUACCUUUCUGCUUGACGAAGCUAUCGGCUUUUUGGCUCAGUUAAAACAGAAGGAGCGACAGAGGGAAGCAGAAGGUGGACACUUCACUAAUCGAGAGGAGGAGAGCAUGUUCCAGCACAUGAGUCGCCUGGCACGCUAUCACAUCAGCCUGGGGUUAGACAACAUCUCUGCUCUACGUCGUGUCAUCUCCCUCUGUCCUCGUCUGGUCACUCAUCCCAUUCUUGUUGACCGCAUCGCUUGCAUGCUCAACUACUUCCUCUCCCGUCUUGUCGGCCCAAAGAGCCGUGAAUUGAUUGUUCGGGACAAGUCUACGUACGGCUUUAGGCCGGAGCUCUUUGUGGAGGAGAUUUGUCGAGUCUACGUAAACCUGGGUCUGGAUAAGUCGGGUGAUGGUAAUAGCCCUACAGUAGCGGCGUUUCUACGAGCCGUGGUCAGCGACGGUCGUUCCUACACACCGGACCUAUUGGAUCAGGCUCUUCGUGUUCUGCAUCGUGUCGCUACAGACACACAAUUCGUGGAGCAGUUCAGUUGUGUCGCGAAAGCCCUUCAAGCAGAACAAGUGGCAGUGACGGAGGACGCGUUGGGCUUCGAGGAUGCUCCCGACGACUUCUGUGACCCAAUUAUGGGGGAGUUGAUGGAGGAUCCAGUUCGGCUGCCGACAUCGAACAAAAUUGUCGACAGGAAAACUAUUUACCGGCAUCUACUCAGUGACGCGAAGGAUCCCUUCAACCGACAACCACUGGAAAUGUCGAUGGUGGUACCGGAGACAGAGUUGAAGGCGAAGAUUCAGGCCUGGGUGGCAGCGAAGCGAGCGGAGAGGAAGUAG